AAUCGUCUUGAUUGAUGACAAUGACUGUACUCACGCCUGAUCAACCGACCGUGGCAGUUAGCUUUAACAGGGCUAUAGACACUGUAUGGUCAGCCGAGACGACAUGAUCACCAAGAUCGCAUUAUGUGUGUUUUAUACACUUUUACAUGUAACUUACUCGGAACUAUUUACUUCUAUGGAUUACAUAUAUAAUGCCAUAAAAGAUGCCAAUCAGAUUUCAUUAAGGUUGGAUGUUUACAUUGUGAACGAAGAGAGCAGAUUGGCCGAAUUGAAAGAUUAUGCCGAAAGAUUAACACAACUGCAGGACGAGUUUGUGGAUAACAAGGAUGGGUGGGCUGGUAACCCAGUCAGUGUGUACCAGUUCACUAAAGCUUACACUGACGAAUGGGACGAGACCUUCACUGCGUAUCAGGAGAAUAAUCAAACAGAAGCUCUCGAAGACAUUCAGAAUUUGAAAAAGGCGUACAUGCCGGGCACAGAGGACAUGGAUGGCGUAACCGACGGCUUUGCCCGUCUACUGAAUACUUAUAAAAUUUCGGCCAGUGAAAUCGCCAACGGUACCGUGAAGGGCAUAUACACAGGCGAGAUAACGGCGUUCGAGUGCAAUAACAUAGCGCAGGAUUUUCAUAAACGGGAGUUUACUCAGCUCGCCUUAGAUUGGUAUGACGUUGCAAUUGCCAAGGUGCGGAAAGAAGCUAGUGGCAUAGUACCAACGUCCUGUCACAAUGGGACGUGUCCAGUCUGGUCGGAAAAUGUUGCUGAGGUGUCAAUCAAAAACAUUGAAGCCUCUAGAUCCAUAGCUGUUGAAUUGCUCGAAAAACAAAAAAGAAAUUUCACAAUAGACUUACAGGCUCUUGCUGAUGGAUACAAUCAGGAAGAAGAGCUGCAGGAAAGCAUAAAAGAGGAAAUCAUGGACAUGCAUCAUGAUGGUCAAAUCAAGUAUUACGGGAGAGAACUUGUUCGUAACUUGCACACAAAACAGUCCUAUGAACAACUAUGCCGAGGAGCUGUCGAGGAUAAACUGAAAGACCCAUCUCUCGUGUGUACCUACACUAACAACGACAAUCACCCCUUGUUGGUGAUUCAGCCCGCUAAGAUGGAGAUCCUGAGCUGGUCGCCCUACAUCGUCAUCUACCACGACAUACUCUCGGACUCGGAGGCCAGCACUCUACAGAACCUCACUAUCGAUCACCUUGAAAGGGCACAGGGAAUUCCUUCAAAACCCACUUCUGACGAUGAAGGCAUGGUAAUGGACUCGCGAAUAAGUCGAUACCAUUACGUCGAAGAUGAUGAGCCCAUUGUUGUAAGGAUGAACAAACGGAUAGAGGCAAUAACAACGCUGAAAUCCGUCACUCCUUCUGCUGAGAUUCUACAGGUUGGAAACUAUGGAAUGGGAGGACAGUAUGAACCUCAUUUUGAUUGGUUCGGAAAAGAGCAAGUAGACGUUUUAACAGAAUAUAAAGCAAACCGGAUAGCUACGAUGCUGUUUUAUCUGAGUGAUGUACAAGCUGGAGGUGCGACAGUGUUUCCUCUCAUAGACGUACACAUCCCCGUAAAGAAGGGAGCUGCAGCGUUCUGGCUCAAUCUUGACGACGAGUUGGAAGGAGUUCAGAAUACACUUCAUGCUGGGUGUCCGGUGCUUUUUGGUUCAAAAUGGAUUGCCAACAAGUGGAUUCACACAUACAAUCAGAACGUCCAAUGCUUCAAACAAAGCUCGAAUGAAAAUAAUAAUACGUCUAAAACGGUGGAAUAGUCCCUUAAAUUACCUUUGAAAAUAACUAGAAAUGCAACUCUUUCAACAUGCAUUAGGGUGCUAGAUACAAAGCUUACCACGUAUUGUGCGUUAUAUCCUAUUUAAGACAUGUCAUUGCCUUUACAUUUGUACCAAGGUAGCCACAACCUCAUCGAACACACUUUUUCUAAAGACUAUAUUUACAUUAUAUCCAAUGUCGGUUAUCACCUUACAUUGAACGAGGAAUAUCCACAGCAUUAACGACAGUUAUAUAAAGAAUACGUCAGCAAAAUAUCCCUUCAGAAUGUCUCAUUACAUUCUCCAAUGUAACCUCAACCUCGGCAAACUUGGCAUUUUAUAGAAUACGUUUGUAAAAUAUCACUUUUUUAUAUAUAUAUAUAUUAGAAUUUCCAAGGUAACCACAGCCUCAUUGAACACAACUUUCUGCAGACUGUGUACAUUAUAUCCAACUCAAGAUAUCGCACGACAUUUAUCAAUGUAGCCAUAACCUCAGCGAACACAUCUUUUAGUAUCUCUGAGCAUAUCGUAUUUAAGACAUUUCAUUACAAUUACGAAGGUGACCACAGCAUUCACAGACAUAGUUUCGAUAGACAGUGUAUGUGCGUUUUAUCAAAUUUAUCACAUUACAUUUACCAAGGUUAACAUUAUCUGCGAACACAAAAUUCUUUAAACAGUUACCAAAAUUCACAUGUCGUAUGUAACUUUUCAUUAAAAUUUCUCAUUGUAACAAAAGUAAGGUUCCUUUAAUUCAGUGCAAAUAAUACCGUUCAUUUGAUAGACCUGCUUUUCGUUAUACCUCGAAAUUGAAUAGUUUUGUUUGCAUUCAGAUUUUAUAAACAAUUGUCCAUUUACCAUACUGUAGUGUAUUUACAUUUAUUAAUUGUGCUAAAAUGUUUAAUUAGAAGUGUGUAAAUCCAUAAUAAGUUGUGUUUGUGCGCGGGAGUGUCCAUUUCCCAUAGAUGUUGGUGAGGAUGUGCGUGAUUUUUGUAUGUGUCCAGCAAUUAAAUUGUUAUUCACGUUAGAAA